AUGAGUAGGACAGUUUGUGUGUGUGUGUUUCUUUUUGGAUGUGUUCUUCUCUCUUUUCCUUUUUUCUUUUCCCCCUGUGGAUUCCCCUUUUUCUGCUUUUCUCUAGCGUGGAUGACGGCAGAGAACGUCGUGCGCACGGCCACUGCGGUUGCCUCGCUGUGUGACGCUCGUGCCGUUGACGCGCAGCUUCUUCAUAACAGCUGCGAAGCCGCCGCCAACAAUCUUUUGCGGCGGAGUCGUCGUUACGUCACGGCCACCCGUGUGAGCUCGUUGGCUGUAGCCGCAUCGAUUGGAGGUGCAGGGCUUAUCGCGUCAUGGCACUACCGCCGCAUCUACCGUGUUUGGCGACUGCGGUACCCGGCGCGUGUGGCGCAGCAACGGCGAGUCAUGUGGUUUUUUGCGGCGUCCGGGUUGGCGUUGCUGCUUUUUGUGCUCAGCCCCGUGGGAUUCAUGGCGCAGCACGAGGCGAGACUUCAUGACGUGCAGCGACUUGACGCCAUCGCGGUGCGGGCUUUGAUGCUGAAAAGACGGUACGAGUCACUUGUACGCAUGGCACCGACGUCGUCAGAGGAAGCGGCAAAAAGAGCCGGUGUGUAUAACAGCUGUGAGGAGGACUGGGCGGAACUUAUGAGGGAACGUGUGGCGAUUGAUGAAAAUGUGUAG